UUGUUCGUCUUUGAGCGAUAACGACCAGCAGUUUAUUUUUUGACGAGAAUGUUGACGACAAGCAAGGUAGUUAAAAGCUCAGAAAUAUUAAGGUUGAAGACUUGAAGGAAACAUGUAUGUUUAUAGAGCUACACUGGGGAGUCGUAUGUGAGUUAACGUGCAGUUUGUGUUCUUGAGGCGCAGGUGGAUAACGUGGCUAAAGUUACCGUAAAGACACGUGUACUGUAACCAAGUAACGUAAAUGUCACUAAAACUCGCUGGGAUUCAAAAGGAUGGUAUCUUAAAAUCACAUUUAUUUCUUUCAAAACGUGUUUUUGCAGGAGAAAAUAUGUUUGACCACCUGUGAUGAGUCGUGACAACAUAAUCUGACAUGAAAUCCAGGAACUCUGUGAUGACAAGGUUGAAAACCCCGCAACCAGCAUCCCCUCCAACAGGGAAGGCUCCCUUCGACCAUCCUCGUCAUAAAGCCUUGCCGGACAAAAGGAACACAGCUGUAAAUCAAGUGUCAACAUAUACAUCCAUCCAUUUUCUACCGCUUGUCCCUUUUGGGGACACGGGGAGUUUGAUUCCUGUACUCUCCAACCAGAAAGACAAUCCAAAAGUGCAGAGGCCUGAAAAACAUGGGGAUCAAUGGACUGCUGAAAAACGACAGCCUUCUCUUGCUCAAUCUGGAAUCUCCAUGGACAAUGAUUGUUCUUCAACCUUAUCUGAUACAGAUAUAAUAUUGAUGCUGUCUUCAAGGCCUCAACAAGCUACAGUUUCCUCUCGUCUAGGACAGCAACAGCAUUCACGAGUGGAUACAUACAUUGAUCACUUUCGGUAUGGACAUCCGAAGAGUCGAGAGGAGCGUCAGCAGAUGUCAUCUGUCAUUGAAGGGGAUGCAACGCCUUUUUGGCGGCUGUCUUCCUCAUCUCUACCGCCCAGCUCUGCACCAAGUAAAACCCCACACAUAGAUGACCACAGACGAGAGCUCCUCAGUUCAGUAACACGUCAGUUUGAUGAAGACUUCAAUUCUUCACCAUGUAGAGGAGACUGCAAUAUGGACGCAUAUGUUUUAUCUGACAGUUGUCAGAGUGAAUUUGAGGAUGCGGAGCUACUUCACUUUCAAGAAAAGACCAGCAGACUUCUGCAGAGAGGUGAACAUGUUCUCAGUGAGGGAUUGAUGCCUGCCAGUUCAGAUGGCUUGAGAAGACAUGAGCCCUCUUAUCCAGACAAUAAAGCUGAGCCAGUGUACAGACCUAUGAUUAACACCACAAUAACAUCUACAGCUGCAAUGCCCCUCCAAAGAUUCACUGCCACUACAUCAAUUGCGCCUCCUACACGCCCGGAAGAGGACAUCCUUUUCCAGUGGCGUCUUCGCAGAAAGAUGGAACAGGCCAGCAAGCUGUGUCAGUCUCAGCAACCUUCCGGACUUCAUCUGUCCUCUUUUCACUCCACUCUACCUGUUUCCUCAGUAAACGAGCAGCCUUACAAGCAACAGCAAAUUGUUCAGUGCACUGAGCCCACACAAGGAGCUGUACCGCAGCCGGAAAUCAAAGAAACCCAUGGACAUCAACCCUCGGCUGCAUUUUCUGUGUCUGAUUCGUCAGUCCCCCGUCCAGAGUCUCUUGCACGUGUUCCUGCCCAUAUGCAUCAACUCUGUGAUCUUUUUCCUUGUCCUUCAUUGUCUCCCAGUAGCAAUUUGCAAGGAAGUUCACACAAACAAAAAGAAACCUCAAGCAAAGAAACACAAGUGUCUGGAAACUUUAAAGAUACGUACAUGGAGGAGCCUGCUCAUAGACAUGUUGCAUCACCACCUCCUGCUUCUUCUAUAACUACAGAAGUGGGUUGGACUUGUAGACCCACAAAUGGAGGCCAUAUUUUUAUACCUGUGGAAGUAGGACGUCAUUCUUCUUCUGUCAAAGGUGGCUUUCCUUUAAGCCCUCUAGAUGAAAGUUCUCCUGCUCGACCUUUAGAGGGUGUCACUUCUUAUAAAUGUAUAAAAGGAGGUUGUCAUUCUAGGCCCAGAGAAGAAGGUUAUAUUAAAACUAAAGUGUCACCAAAGGACAAGGCCCAGAAAAUACAAUUGGGAGAAAGUCAGACAGACGGGGCUAUACGAAAGCAGAAAAAGUCAGCAAGGCGUAAUGAACGUAGUGAAAAUACUGACAGUCCUAACAUCACAAGCAAGAGUUCUGUGCAUCAGAAACCUCCACAAAAGAACAAGUCACGGAUAGAACAUCAGAAGCAGCAACAGCAGGAGAUCCGCACAAAAGAGGACAACCAUACACCACCGUUUUCUCCAGUUCAGCAAUCUUUAAAACAGGUUGUUUCAGAGGUCCUUUUCCCACCGACUGAGUCGUCUCCUGCAAAAGUUGCAGCUGUCCCAUUACUCCCAACACCAUCUCAAUCUUCACAUCCACCUUGUGAUACACACAACUCUUUGGAGGUCAUGUCCCAGCUGCUCCAAGAGGCUGAAGAUUCGGAUGAGAUAGAGUUUGCAGAUGAUCCUUUACUACAAGUCCUUCGCACACAGAGAAAAUGGGUGAAGGAGCAGAUCAGUGAAGUGAACUCUAUGAUGUACAAAUUUCUGAUUACACAAGAGGUUUCUCCAACAUGAUGCUUUUUCAUCUUUACUUUUGCAAGGAAAUAUUGUAUUUAUCGCAGAAAUACAUGUAUAAUAAAACAUUUUGACAUA